AACCAGCGCAGCAUUCUUCACAACAGCCAGCUGAUGACAGCCAGCUAGCCAGCUAGCCACAGCGCGGCUGCCGUCUUUGGGCUCCUGUUUCCGGCUACACACUGACCGUCACACUCAAGCUGAAAUCCUGCGGGAGCGACGUUACUAAGAUUAGUCCACAAGGAUGGCGGUUGUACGUAAAAGCCUUGGCAGCUCUUCGUCUGUGUAGUUCGCUAGCUAGCUAGCUAGCUAGGUGAAACUGAUAGCGGUGAAUAGCAUCAACGCUAGCUGGCUAAGUUACGGCGGUUUGGUACGAACUGCCACCGGAAACCAGUCGGCAGCGAUGGGAAUACUAUUCACGAAGCUGUGGAGGCUGUUCAACCACCAAGAGCACAAAGUUAUUAUUGUGGGCCUGGACAACGCCGGCAAGACCACAAUUCUCUACCAGUUCUCAAUGAACGAGGUGGUGCACACCUCGCCGACCAUCGGGAGCAACGUGGAGGAGAUCGUGGUCAACAACACCCACUUCCUGAUGUGGGACAUCGGGGGGCAGGAGUCCCUGCGGUCCUCGUGGAACACGUACUACACCAACACGGAGUUUGUCAUCGUGGUGGUGGACAGCACCGACAGAGAGAGGAUCUCCGUCACCAAAGAGGAGCUGUGCAGGAUGCUGGCUCACGAGGACCUGAAAAGAGCCGGGCUGCUGAUCUUUGCUAACAAGCAGGACGUGAAGGGCUGCAUGUCCGUGGCUGAGAUCUCCCAGAGCCUCCAGCUCACCUCCAUCAAGGACCACCAGUGGCACAUCCAGGCCUGCUGCGCCCUCACCGGGGAGGGGCUGUGCCAGGGCCUCGAGUGGAUGAUGUCCCGGCUGCGAGUGAGAUGAUGACCCCUUUGCCCUCGAUCCAGAGCGCGCCCUCGCUCUUUGUGUCCUCCGCCCUCGGGGCUGGAUGGGAAGACGAGCUCCGGUCCGACGGAGCCCUCCUCCUCCAACGCGGGACGUCACUCUUCUUCUGGGAUCAUUUCUUCUACGAAAAGGACGUCUUGAACCGAGAGCAACAAAUAAAACAAAAAAGAACAGCGAGAGAAAACGUGUGUUGCUGGAGGCGCCUGAACAACGAGACACUUGAAUUAUUUAAACUCUGUGCACGGUUUUCCCUUUUUCCAGCGGACGUGGACUUGUUCUCUGGCUGAGUGGGACUCUAGUCCACAGUGGCCUUGCAGUAUUGCCAGACUGGCUGUGGCACUUUUUAUUCCCCCCCCCUCCCCCCCAUGUGUGUACAGUCCAGUAUUCUACUUUUAUCGGGGUGCAGAAUGUUGGCAGAUGGUGGUAAAACGGGGCUGAAAACAUGCAGAAAACAAGGACUUCUUCUCUUCAGUCCCAAGUGACCAGAGGAAUAAAGUGUGUUUCUGCUCCAGGGAGCCGAGCGGGUCGUGAACGCCUCUUUCUUUGUGACCUUUGUGACCUCUAUGGACUGUGUCGUGGUGUGGGGUCAGCGGUGGAUUUGGGGGUUGGUCCUGGAGCCAGGUAUUCAGGGAGGGUGGGACUAGUUCAUUAUCACCAGAGUGACUUGUGCCGAGGUCAUUAAUACAUAUUUAAUUUAUUAGAUGCUUUGGAAACCGGAAGUGUUAAAAAUGUGAGUAAAUAUUUAUCAGCCCGA